GCGAGGAGAUUCCGUCGGAGGAAGACAGGCGAACACAAAACUCAAAUAUGUCUGGACGAUCGGUUCGUGCGGAGACUCGAAGCCGCGCUAAAGAUGACAUCAAGAAAGUGAUGGCGGCGAUCGAAAGAGUUCGCAGAUGGGAGAAGAGGUGGGUGACCGUAGGAGAUACAUCUUUACGGAUCUUUAAAUGGGUGCCCAUUGUGGACACAAAGGAGAAAGAGAAGAGCAAGCAUGCAGCCACUGUGGAUAGAGAGCUCAACAAUUAUCCCACAGAAGCACCUGAAAAUAACUCUUCAGUCUUGUUAGAUUUUCAAGAUGAGAACAGCAAUCAGAGCUCUCUGUCGGACAUGUACCAGCCCAAGGUGGACAGCAGCAGUACCUCGAGCCCCCAGCCUAGCGAGCCUGUCAGCCCAGCACAUGUCAGUGACUACCGCACCGAGGAUCCGCAGCCUCCCACUCUAGGACAGGAAAUCUUGGAGGGUGAGACACUCAAGGAUGUGGCAGAGCCAGCAUUGCCACCUCGUGAAGUUGCUGAUGAGCCUCCCACGCUCAUAAAAGAGGCUGAUCUCCUACCCAUGCCUCCUCAGAUCCAGCCCUGUGCCCCCUAUCCUGUGCCCGUGCCUCCGAAGGAAGGGGUGGAGGAGGAGGACGGUGGUGCCCCUCCUCUGAAGAGAGUGUGUACUGACCAAAACUCAGUGCUUCAGCCAGCGACCAUGAGCUAACCCACAAUCCCCCGAGCUUGCACAGCGAAACCAAUCAGACCGUUAUUUUUAUUUUUAUUUUUUCUGUCCGUCCGGGGAAGGCUAUUAGAGGCACAAUGUGGUGGACCAGGCCUGUUUAACGACCUAUGAGGAAUAUUACAGUAGUUACAGUUCUGUAAUUUAUUUGAUUUUGUAACUUUUACUUUCACUGUGUUUUUAAAGCCAAUUUAAGAUUCAAAAAUGCAGUUUGAAAUAGGAACUACAUAAAUGUCAUGGGCGUUGGAUCUAGGGUCACUAGAACUCAGAAAAAUGACCGUCGACAGUGUAGUACCAAAUCCAGGGUUUGACGCAAAAGUGAUGUGAAUUGGGGUGUUUUGUAAUAUGCUGAAUGUUUUCCGUAUCAUUUGUCCAUUGACUCCAUGUUGUCUUAUGGUUCAAGAAAAAGAAACAAUUUAGCAACAGUUCUUUCCGAGAGCCUCCUAUACAGUUAUUAUCAAACAAAGGUGACUCUUUGUUGAGCCUAUGCAAUGGCUCUGAGGUUCGUGUCUACUUGAAAAGUUUACAUUGAUUGUCAUGCUUAUGACCCCAAAGAAUGUUCCGGUGUCACUGCUUUGUGUGAUGUGAAUGUUUGGUUUAAAUUCUUUAUUUUCUUGUUUUGUUUUGUUUUUGUUUUAUUGUUUUGUUUUGUUAAAAAAACAAAGUCUGUUUCCAAGAUGGCGUUUGGUUUUAGCCAUUUCAUGUUUUUAAAUGUCUUGCUGUGUGUUCUUCAGCAACCCAAAGGAUUGUUCUGUACAUAGAGAUGCUGCACUCUUUUUUCUUUCCUUCUUUCUUUCUUUUUUGCUUUUUUUUGUUUUGCUUCUUUUCCUGGGAGAUUUAUUCUCUUUGAAUAGCUGUACACUGAACGUGUCUGGGUGGUUUAAUGGUAGUACUGUAUGUAGUCGUUAUGUGAUUUAAAAAAAAAAUCUUUGGCAUCUUCUAAUUCUGACAAUCAAAAUUGCACACUGAUAAAGCUAGCAUAGUUGCCUCGUGUAGAUGCGUUUUAAUUUAUAGAUAAAUGCUUUACCGUUUGGAAAAUGAAUGGAUUAUUUUUCGCUGCACAGUAUGAAAGAAGGUAUGAGUCAGAUCUUUAUCUUCUUGAUUUUUUUCUCAUUUAUUGUAGAGGACAGGUAGACGGGUGCAACCAGGUCUCCUGUAUAAAUAGUAUCAGUUAAUGGUAAUUACUAAAUUACAAAAAUGAUCAUAUAUUAGUUGUUUAUUUCUUUUCAUUUGGAUGGUAUUGAUCCAAAGGCCAUAUUGGUGAUCAAAUUUGUUGUAGAUAAGUGUUUUGCUAGUGAGUAAAUGUUUUCAGGAAAAGGGCAGGACGACGUCAUGAGGAUCAGCCCUUUGUGGAUGACUUUGAUAUGAUGCUGGCUGAAUGAGUCAUGGCUCAGUUUGUAAGGCAGGUUUUGUAUUCGAGAUUGUAAAGACUAUUUUAUUGAAUUCAAAUGUAUGACUGCAAAUGAUAAUUACAAAGUAUUUUAUAAAGGUUUUUAGAUUUAGAAGCUGUAGUUUUCUUUUUCUUUUAUUGAUAAUUUGCUGGAAAUGAGUUUUGUCUCUUGCCUCUAUUGAUAAAGAAGAAUGUUAUGUA